CCCCCACUUUCCCAAUUUUCUCUCUCAAGUCUCAUUGUCUCAACAUUGUGUGCGCUGUGGCGUGAGUUGUAAGCGAGGUUAGGCGAAGAAUCAGGUACGGCGGCGAUGGAUCCAGACGCGGUGGCGAAGGCGUUCGUGGACCACUACUACACCACUUUCGAUGCGAAUCGGGCGGGACUUGCUAACUUGUACCAGGAGUCAUCGAUGUUAACCUUCGAAGGUCAGAAGAUCCAAGGCUCUCAAAACAUAGUCGCCAAACUCACCAGCCUUCCCUUCCAGCAGUGCAAGCACAGCAUCACCACCGUCGAUUGCCAACCCUCUGGCCCCGACGGUGGUGUGCUCGUCUUCGUCAGCGGCAACCUCCAACUCGCCGGCGAACAACACGCCCUCAAGUUCAGCCAGAUGUUCCAUCUGAUGCCAGCACAGGGUAGCUUUUAUGUGUUCAAUGACAUAUUCCGGUUGAACUAUGCAUGAAGACAAUGAAUAGCUCAAAACAGAGGGCGGAUAAUACUCGCCUGAAUUCCCCUCACUUGUGUUAAAGUUCCAGACAUUUAUAGUGAGAUUGAUGAUAUAUUUUUUUCCUCUUUCUUUUGAAUUGGUUAUGUUAAGGGAUUGCUGCUUGUGGUUGGAUGAUCUUUGAAAGAUGCUCUCUCAUAUCCGUUUUGGUUCUUUUAUAAAUGGAUUGGUUGCGGGAUA